AAAAAAGGUUCCACUUUACAAAUAAAACAGCUGAUUAUUACAGAAGUGUUGGAACACAUAUUUUAGAAAAUAAAUAAAGUGCAAUGUGGCCAACAAGUAAAAUAAACUAAAAUAAAGGUAAUAAUAAAGGUCCAUAUUUAAACGCGCAUGUGUCAGUUUGGGAAAGUGAGUUGUGGGGUUGGUUGUGCUGCAGUUAGGGGGGUAUGAGGGGGGGGGGGGUGUGUCUGGCAGUCAGCUGGUCUGAUAAACACAAUGCCGGGCUUUGUUUUAUUUUCGUGACGCAGAAAAUUAAGGGGAGUCCUGAAUGCGGAGUCGUGGCUGGCGUCCUGUAAUCAGGCCAGCGCGUGCCGUCCGGAUUAUCUCGUUAAUCGUUAAAGAGGAAGAGAAAAAAAAGAAAAAAUCUCUCGCAGCCAAUAAUAAUAAUUAAUAUCCGGGCAGGGUAUUUAUUAUUGAACGGGUGUUGGAGCAAUAAGUGACAGAUUGAGGAGGAGUGGCCGUUAUUGGCUGGAGAUGGAGGGACACCCUGGGGUCCUGCUGCAUGCUACAGGUUGAUCCGGACGAGCUGAAACACCGAAAACAGACGAGAAAGGAUUAAAACAACAACAACAACAACAACAACAACUACUACUACUUUUUCCUGCCCUAUAUUUUCCCGGUUUUUCUCCGGCCGGCCGCCAGCAUGAUGUCUUAUCUGAAGCAGCCGCCGUACACGGUGAACGGACUGAGCUUAUCCGCCUCGGGAGUGGACAUGCUGCAUCCCUCGGUGGGAUACCACGGAACGCCUCGCAAACAGAGGAGGGAGAGGACGACCUUCACUCGGGCCCAGCUCGACCUGCUGGAGAACCUGUUCAACAAGACCCGGUACCCGGACAUCUUCAUGAGGGAGGAGAUGGCCAUAAAGAUCAACCUGCCGGAAUCCAGAGUGCAGGUGUGGUUCAAAAACCGACGAGCCAAACAUCGCCAACAGGCCCAGCAAACCCAAAGCGGAGCCCAGAACAAGGCGGUCAGCAAGCCGGUGAAGAAGAAGAGCUCCCCGGCGCGAGAGGCCAGCUCGGAGAGCGGAGCCAGCGGUCAGUUCACGCCGCCCUCCGGCACUUCUCUCCCGGCCGCGAGCGGCAGCGCGGCACCGCCGGUGUCCAUCUGGAGCCCGGCCUCCAUCUCCCCGCUGUCCGACCCGCUGUCCACGUCCUCCUCCUGCAUGCAGCGCUCAUACCCGAUGGCCUACACGCAGGCGUCGGGCUACAACCAGGGCUACACGGGCUCCUCGGGCUACUUCCCCGGGAUGGACUGCGGCUCCUACUUGUCGCCCAUGCACCACCAGCUGUCCGCCGCGGCGGGCUCCGCCAUGAGCCCCAUGGGGACCAACGGGGUGGUGUCCGGCCACCUGAGCAACGCGUCGGCCCUCUCCGCCGCCGCGUCGUCGGCGUACGGCGGCGCCGCGGGCCUCGGCGGCUUCGGCGGCGGCGGCGGCGGCGGCGGCGCGGUGGUGGCGGACUGCCUGGACUACAAGGACCAAACGGCCUCCUCGUGGAAGCUCAAUUUCAACGGGGAAUGUUUGGAUUACAAAGACCAGGCCGCCGGGUGGAAAUUCCAAGUGUUGUGAGAGAAGAGACAUUUAAACAAUUUUUUUUAAAAAGACAACCCCCCCCCCCCCUCUUCCAUACUCCUCUUCCUCUCCCCAUCAAGCUGCAGGCAAAUUAUAAAGCAGCAGCGAGUGCGUCUUUUAUAUUUUUUGGGGUUUUUGUUGUUGUUGGUUUGUUCCCAACUUCUACCUCGGAGGACUGCCGUGCCGGCCGUCUUCCCUUGUUGGGGAAACUUAUUGAACAUUCAGAGCGACUUUCUCCCCAACUUUGAUCAAGGACACGGAACAAAUGUGUUGACUAAAAGGAAAAGAAGAAAGAAAUAAAAGGAUCAAAAGAGAGAGAGAGAGAUAUCCAGUAAGCCUAACGUGGUUGAGUAUGAGGAAAGGUCAGGCUUUUUUUCUUCUUCUUUUUCUAAGCUCCUUAAAGACUCCCCUUCUCUUGUCUUUUCUUCUUUUUUUAUCCCGUUGGCACGCUGAAGGGCCCCUUUGAUCAAAGCGUUGCGCAUGAGUGUGUGUGUGUGUGUGUGCGUGCGAGCAGCUCUGACAUGAACCUGGAUGCACUAUUAUUAAUUUAUGACAAAUGUUUAAAACUAGUUAUGAGAGACAAUCAGUCUGUUUGCGUGAGCAUAAACGUCCCAUAUGUG